GUAUGGGGGGGUGAGCUUCUACUCCUGUCGUUUCCUUAACACACCGGCACGGCUGUGCUCCCGGGACGGGGCCAAGGAGCUGGGCGAACCCCCGGCCACGCUGCCCACGGUGGGUACGAACCUGACCGACCUGACGCUGCACCGGAGGGUGACGCUGCGGGAGCUGGGCGGCUGCAUGGGCCCCAUCUGGCCCAGCUACUACGGGGAGUGCGGGGCCGUGAUGGUGAGCACGGCCGGGAUGCGGGAUGGAGCCGCGCCCCUCACCGCCCCCAACACCCAGCGCCUGUUCCGUUCCUCUGUGCAGUUCGUGAUCGAUGCAGCCAACCCGACCCAGGUCUCCUCGUCCUGUGUCCAGCUGCUGUCCCUCCUCUCCUCAGAGCAGCUCGCUGCUGUGCCCGUGCUCAUCCUCUUCAACAAGAUCGACCUGCCCUGCUACAUGUCGCUGGUGGAGAUGAAGUCGCUGUUCCGCAUGCAGGACAUCGUCUCCUGUGCCACGCAGCCCAUCACCAUCCUGGAAAUCAGUGCACGCGAUGGCACUGGCCUGGCUGAUGUCCUGCAGUGGCUUCAGGCCACCCUCAGGGACUCGAGCUGACCUGGCCCCAGCACCUGUGUAGUGUGAUGAGCUGAUGGCAGGCAGCAGCACCUCAGUACGCCAUGGUAAAACUGAAACAUACACCCGAGCCAUCUCUGUGUGCAUCUGCAGCAGAUCUCUGUCUCCAAGCAAUCCUGCAGCACUUCUCAGUGUGCCUCGGAGUGCUAUGGCCCUUCCCCCUACAGGCUGUGAGCCCCCAGCUGAAGGAGUGUCACCUGCAUGGGCCCUGCUGGCUGCUUGCAUCCAGAGCAAGAUGGAGCUCUGCAAAUGGAUGGUCCCUGAAGGCGGGACUGUUGGCUCUGGAGUUGCACAGAGGGGGCUUCAUGAUGUACGGGCGCUGUUGCAAAUCAUCAGGAGAGAGAUGCUCCAUAAAAGAGUGGGAAGCCUGCUUCAUUCUGAGGUUUUCCGGGUUCUCUGUAGGAGCUGUAAGCGACAACUGCAGCUUUGAAGGUGUAAUUACUGAAGCUCAGGUCAGGUGUACUGUUCACUGCAUUUUCCACAGUUUUAUUAAAUUCACGCAAGAAAGACUCCA